UUUCUCUUCACACCACUGAACUAAACUCACAAUCCGGGACUUGCAAGUUAUCUCCAUAUACACACAUCUUUUGGCAUCAGCGCGAAAUUGGAGGCAGGAAAGAUCAUCCAAAUGGCACAGACUAAGAUGAGAAUUGUGGCUCUGAUCUUGGCCAUGGUGGCUGUAGGAGCGGCGGCUCAGUCGUCAAGCUGUACGAACGCGCUGAUCAGCAUGUCGCCGUGCCUUAACUACAUCACGGGCAACUCCUCGUCCCCGUCCUCGAGCUGCUGCUCGCAGCUCGCCAACGUGGUCCGCUCAGAGCCGCAGUGCCUGUGCCAGGUCCUCAACGGGGGCAGCUCUUCCCUUGGUCUCAGCAUCAACCAGAGCCGGGCCCUGUCCGUCCCCAGCGAGUGCAACAUUCAGACUCAACCGACAAGCCGUUGCAACGCUGCUUCGCCCUCCGGAUCCCCUGCUGGAACUCCUGAUACCCCCAAUGCAGUUCCUGCAGAUUCUGGAGCAAACGACACACCGUCGACCGAACAAAACAUACCAUUGACCAAACAAGAUGGCUCAUCAGCAGGAAGCAUUGCCGAGUUGUCGAUUCCGCUUCUCUUCGUCCUUCUCUUCGCAGCAUCAUAUGCCUGAGCAAAUACCUGAAAACUAAUUACACUCUUUCAUGGCCACCACCACCAUUUCCACAUUUCUUUUAUCAUCAGAGUCUACUCAUCCAUCUUUGUUUUUCUCAUUUAGCUCGAGUGGCACAUGUAUUACAUAAUUCUUUAUGAUCUUAGAGGUAUAUAGUGUGUAUUUAUGUGGUAGAUUUUUUUUAUCUAAUAACAGGAGUCCUUAAGAUUACAAA